UCAACAUUCACAUUUUGUUUAUUUGCUCCACAAAAGCUUUUAAAUGUGUGUCACUGUCGAUUGUUGUACAAUUCAUUUCAAAAUCGAACGGAAACACGACCACGAAUAAUGUCGCGAAAAUUCGCAGCGUUUCCGAUAAAGAAACAGAAUUCUUGUGUUGAAAAUUCCACUAAAAAUUCAGAUUUUAUAAAAGGCGGCAGGCGUAUUCCGCUGCAGAAGCAAUUUUCCAUCGAUGUACCAAAUUUGAAUCAUCGUUUCAACGAUAAACCAACCAAUUUGAAUAAUAAUAAUAAUUGUCAAUCGGUGCUGAGUGACUGUACGGACAGUAAUUUCAAAAGUUUGAGCAUAUUCGGAAUUAAAAAUCAAACAGACCGGUCGGCAACCAACAAAUUUGAUGUAAAGGGUCGGGAUCGUCAAAAGAGUAUAACGUACAGAAGAGACGAGCGUGUCAAUUUGAACAUCUUCCUAAAUCACACAAUAAAAAACAAUUCCGACACCGUUGAAUCGGAAAGCGAGAAGGAGACCUACAAUUCACAUUCUAAAUGUGAGACUUCUCAAUACAACGACAGUGAUGCACCAACACUCCUCGAAAGUACUGAGCCCAGACAGGCGCAGUUUCAAGGAAAACCUAUACAAACUACAAAAACGACUCGACGUCCCUUGAUUCGGGCGAGAUCAGCGCCAGUACGACCCACCGAAGAUGUCACAAAGACAUCCAAGCGACGAGGAAAACAGAGAAAAUCUGGUAAAACUUAUCAGGAGUCGAAAGCAGAUAACUUCUUUGAAAAUGAUGAAUUGGAUGACGACGACGCAGCGAGAAAGCCUAAAUGCCAAAAUAAACAAUUAAAUGUUCCUUCAACGAGAAUACGAUCCGCAUUUGGUGGAUGUGAUGUCAUUACUCUGGUGUCUUUAUUUAGUUCGAGCGAAAGUGAGUCUGAAUUAGAGGAAUAUGUUUCCCCCAGAAAGUCAGACUCUAUCACAAUUACUCAGCCCCAGUUGUUGAGACGAUGUGGAAAGUCGGUAUCCUUUCAAGAAACUGACUUAAAAGUGAUUUCCACAACAACCACCGAAUUUCCACCAAUGUUCAGACGGGGAUCUAUUGCACCACUGGCACGUAUGAUAAAAGAUAAAAGACCUCCAACUGCACCUCCGGGAACAAUCUAUUUGAGAAAUGAAUCACGAACCAGCGAUGAAAUGGAGAAUGCCGAACGCGAUGCCGAUGUAAAGCCAGCACCCGUUCAGAAAAAGAAAUCCGAAGAAAAGGAUGUCGUUGAGGACUAUCCGGAGCAUUGCGAUACACAAAAGGAGAGAGAUUGUUGGAAAUUGUUUAAGAAAAUGCUGGGUAACGGUGUAACGGUUAAUUACGACACCAUACUUAGGGGUAUGCUAACGCCAACAGAACUACGAACAGUUAUGGGAAAACGGGUGGAAUUGAAUCAGGAAAAUGAACAAAAUGAAAACUUACCAGUUUGAGCGAGCGAACCAAUUACGUUGCUUAUUAUUAAGUAUGGUGUAGUUACCUCUCGAGUUGGCUUAAAAAAUGGAUGUCUUGGCGAAACAAAAUUGUCAACAAAUGCUACAAAUUACGUAAUGUACACCACAACACUCGUAAUGUAAUGCCACAUAAAUACAAACUCUCUGCCGUUUUUCAUGCGUGCUUUUGUUGUGUUUUGCCGUUUUUCUCCACGAAACGAAAACAUCGAUUUGCCAUACCCUUUUCAAGAACAUACACAAAAUGACAGUUGGGAUGAAAAAAGUUCUAUUUUCUCCCCACGCUAGAGAAAGUACCACAUUUUCCUCACUAGAAAUAUCAUUUGACCAGUCGUCAAGAAAACACAAUUUUCUCAUGGCCUCUUUAGGGGAGAAAAUAAGGCAAAACACAACGCGCGCAUGAAAAAUGUUGUAUACAACUCGGCUAUAAACGAUUUCUUCGGCACAUGGUACGUAUGCCCUACACCUUGUAUUACCUAUUUUCAGUGGCAACUACACGGCAACUCUAGUGCUGAAGCACCUAGAAUAGUAACAGG